AUAUCAAAUCAAAUCAUAUCAAAAUAUCGCACCCUCUCUGUUUAUUCGUCAGUUAGGUUUUGGUGUUCGAGGCCCCGGGUGCGGUGCCCCGUCGAGGUUCCUCAACGUCCACAAGUAUUUACCAUGGAUCGACGAGAUCAUCUCCCGGAAGCCAUCAGAAGACUUCGAAGACGACGAAGCGGAGGAUACGAAGAAGUUUGCUUUAAGAAGAUUGUCUCCUGUCGAACUCAUAAUGUAUCCAGCUAGUAAGGUAAAGACGAAAGAAUUCGGUCAGUGCGAAAGAGGGGACCGAGGACACGUUCUCUACAAGGACAGCACGGAGCUGCUCGUCAGCAAAAACUUCGCUCAAGGAUUCUUCUUUGUGGUGGUGAGUCAAAUAGCCCAGUUCACGUGCAUGUCGGUGAUAUUAGACGUCACGGAUCGCACCAACGCGGAGAUGUGGAUAGAGCAUUACUGUCAUCCGGACAUAGCCGGCCUGGCUCACGGGGUCGGUGACCAGCUUCACCGGACAGACGAUUACAAGAAGUUAGAAUGCUUCGUGUACUUCAAAAGUGCAGCGUUCAUAGAAUUUCGAUUUUACUUCUCGUUCAAGGCCUUACUUGAGGUGACGCUGUUUGGCACCGAAGAGAUCCCACGUCGGAUGCCGGUUCCCUACUUUACUGACAUCACCACGGACAGCUGGUGGCCAACCGCUGAAAUUAUACGCUGGGGAUCUUUUGUGCCGUAUUACAUGUGGUGGUAUUGGCUGUAA